CAAAUGCGAGGCAGAGGAUUCGAGUGCAAAGCUUUUGGUUUCUCUUUUUGUUUUCUUCAGCUGCCUUAUUUCAGAGAUUCAGAGAAGCUACUUUCGGCGAUGGCGGAGGAGGCAACCGUGAUCAGCUGCCACAGCGUCGAGCAGUGGAACCAGCAUCUGCAGAGCGCCAUUGAAACCAAAAAACUGGCCGUUGUUGAUUUUACUGCUACCUGGUGCGGUCCCUGCCGCACAAUUGCUCCAAUUUUUGCUGAUCUGGCCAAGAAGUUCCCAAAUGUUCUUUUCCUUAAGGUUGAUGUUGAUGAACUGAAGUCUGUCGCACAAGACUGGGCGAUUGAGGCCAUGCCAACCUUCAUAUUUCUGAAAGACGGGACGAUCAUUGACAAGAUUGUGGGUGCCAACAAAGACGAUCUGCCGAAGAAGAUCGAGCUGCAUUCAAAUAAGAAUUGAUGCUCGCCUGGUUUGUCUUUGGCAUAUACUAAGUACUUAUCUACCUUUGAAUUCUAAGCAAUAUUUUCAAUUAGUAAUGCCAUAUUGAAUGAUUUUAAGAUUUUAAUUUUUACAUAUGAUUGCGUUAUUAAUAAAUGAACUCAUUCAUAGUAUGUUUAUACUUUAUUUUAUUUGCUUAUU